AUGACGGCCUCGAGGUCAGACGUGCAACCUCUCCCCGACCCUCAACGGCAUAUCACGGACAACGACGAACAUGGCAAAUCUUUCUUCUCAAAAGCAGUUUCUACAGCACUGCCUGUGAUGAAUAAGCUUGGCACUGCCCAUCAGCGACUUGGCUAUCUUGUGCCCCCGCGCCUCGCGGCCCUUACAAGUCAAGAAGAUCUCAAAGUGUACGUGGCUUCAUUGAAGGACUUGCCUUCUCUUGUGCCUGCUGGGGGCAAUGCUGCAGUCUGGUACAUCGACAUGCCACCCGGCACUGACAGUCCCAUGCACCGCACGGUGAGCUUGGAUAUAGUCAUCCAGAUUGAAGGGGAAGUCGAGCUCAAAUUGGAGAGUGGUGAGAAACGCAUUAUGAGGCCAGGGGAUUUGACAAUUCAGAGAUCGACCUUGCAUGCAUGGCGAAACACGAGCUCUGAGAAGUGGUCGCGCAUGAUUGGUAUCAUGGCUGAGUGUCAGCCUGUGGAGGCUGGGGGGCAAGUACUAGGUCCGGAUUUUCCAAGGCAUUGA